AUGAACGUUGCGAGAAAAAUCAAUUUUAUGAUACUGUGGGACACUUUUUGGGUUCACAUUCUGUUUUUAACCUUGGAAGAGUCUUUCUGUGAAUUACAUCUUCUGAAAAGAACUGCAAGGAAUGAAUUUACUGCAGUUCCUCAAAAAAGAGAUCUCUUAGCAGCUGAGACAACUGCUAUUUCAUCAUAUGUUCAUGAUGCCUUUUCUCAGACUCAGAAUUCAUCAGGAGGUCACACCCAUAUUCAUCAAUCCAUAAAUUGGGGGGAAUUAAAACUGAAAGGUUCUUGCCCUCAAGAUUGUCUUAAUGGAGCAGUUUGCACAAAGACAGGAGUUUGUGACUGCGAGACAUUUCAGGCACAGGGAGAACACUGCCAAAUCAUUCCAAAUACUGGCAAAGACAGAGGUGGGAUUUGCAAAUCAUGGGGGCAAUAUCACUUUGAAACAUUUGAUGGCAUCUACUACUACUUCCCAGGAAACUGUUCAUACAUUUUUGUGAAAGAUUGCAGUGAUCCAGAGCCUCAGUACACUGUGUGGGUUAAUAAUAGUCCUCACUGUGCUGGUUCAGUGUACUCUUGUUUGCGGUCAAUAAGCUUGUUCUUUUCAAAUCAGGAUGAAAUAUUCAUAUCGGGACAUGAAGUUAGAAAGGGUAGAAUCAGGUUGUCUUUGCCCCAAACAAUUGGAACUAUUUUCAUUGAAAGAUUAGCAGAUUACAUUUUGGUGAAAACUACAUUUGGCUUUUCCCUAGCUUGGGAUGGAAACUCUGGGAUUUACAUUAAAUUGACAGAAGAAUACAAGGGAAAAACAUGUGGUCUUUGUGGAAAUUAUAAUAAUAAUACAUCGGAUGAUCUCAUAAUACAAAAUAGUGACUAUAAAGAAGAUAUAGCUAAAUUUGCUAACAGCUGGACUGUACAAAUCCCAGAUGAUGAAACUUGUGUAGCUAUUGCAUCUGGUUUUCCUAGUCCUUGCAACAUUGAUACAGAAUCUUAUGAGAGCAUCUACUUCAAGUGCCAAAUACUCUUGCAAUUUCCUUUUCUAAGUUGUCAUCAAAGCAUAGAUCCUUAUCCCUACAUUUCCAGCUGCAUGAAUGACCUAUGUAGACAGGAUGAUGAGGAAACUUACUGCCGAGCAGUAACAGAAUAUACUCGCUCAUGUUCACAUGCAGGCUAUCCUAUCAGAGAUUGGAGAGAUGACUUUCCAGCUUGUACUGACAAUUGUGAAGAUACUUUUAUUCACCGGGAUUGUAUUAGCUGUUGUCCACAAACUUGUACUUUUGAGAAAGACUGUCUAGGUAGUAACCUCCAUUGCUUAGAUGGAUGCUAUUGCCCAGAUGGCCUUAUAUUGGACAAUGGAACUUGCAUUUCUGCAUCAGAUUGCCCAUGUGUUUAUCACGGGACAGCUUUCCCUGUAGGUUCAACAAUUGAGCAAGAAUGUAGUAAUUGCAUUUGUAUGGGCGGUGUUUGGAACUGCACUGAACAUCAUUGCCCAGCUGAAUGUUCAGUUGUUGGUGAAUCCCAUUUCACAACUUUUGAUGGUCGCCAUUAUACGUUUCUUGGGAGUUGUCAGUAUAUUCUGGUAAAAGGCACUGGGAAAGACAAAUUCACACUCACUUUACAGAAAAGUCCCUGUGGACAGAGCAUUGAGUAUGUCUGCAUUCAGUCUUUGACACUAAUUUUUGAAGAUGACAUAAGCAAGCAAGUGACUCUCAGUCGGGGUGGUGAAAUUCAGUAUGGUUCUUCCAACCAGGGAUUCAGCCUAUAUGAAUAUGUGCAAGUACAGAACCUGUCUUCAUUGUUUGUGCAGCUAAAAACUAAAUUUGGUUUAAGAAUCCAGUUUGCUAAAGAUGGUGAAAGAGUCUAUAUUCAGCUCAGUGCUGAGUGGAAGAGCAGAACUUUGGGUCUCUGUGGAACUUAUAAUGGAAAUCUGAGAGAUGAUUUUCUCUCCCCAUCAGGAAUGAUUGAAGGAACUCCACAACUUCAUGCUAAUGCAUGGAAGGUUUCAUCAGCAUGUCAUGUGCCGGUCAACAUUCCUGUGGUUGAUCCUUGCAACAUUAACCAACAGAAUGUUGCAUAUGCAUCCCAGUGUGAUCUCAUCAAUCAAGAACUCUUUGCUCCAUGUCACAUAUACAUCAGUCCAGGAUUAUACUACCAGCUAUGUCACUUUGAUGCUUGCAAAUGUGGGAGAAGUUGCUUGUGUAAUGCAUUUGCACACUACGCUUAUAUUUGCAGCAAGCAUGGGAUUACUAUAGACUUCAGAUCUCAUGUUUCAUACUGUGCAUUAGUAUGCAGAAGCGGAAUGCUGUAUCACCCAUGUUCCUCCUUCUGUGAGCACUCCUGUUCUUCCCUUUCUCUUCUGGAUGCUUGUGAUUAUGACUGCGCUGAAGGCUGUAACUGCCCUGAAGGAAAAUACUUUGAAGAAUCUAUUAAUUUUUGUGUGCCAAUGGCUAACUGUCGAUGUUAUUAUAAAGGCAGAAGUUUUCAGCCUGGAGAAAUUUUGCCCACACCAUCAGGAUCAUGCCAAUGUCUAAAUGGAACAAUGAAAUGCAGUGAAGCAGCAGCUGUCCCUGAAGUGCACACAUGUCCUGAUGGAAAGAUCUACUAUGACUGCCGGUCUCAGGUACCUGGCUUGCCAUCAGCUGGAAUAAACUGUGAACUAACAUGUACAAACAUUGCUAUGAACUUUACCUGUACACCUUCUCCACCAUGUUUGAGUGGUUGCGUCUGCCCCCCUGGGAUGGCUGAGCAUAAAGGAAAAUGUUACGUGCCAGAUAGUUGUCCAUGUAUGUGGAAGGAUUGGGAGUAUAUGUCAGGUGAAGUGAUAGCUACCCCUUGUUAUACAUGUAUUUGCCGACGUGGGAUAUUUAAUUGCACAUACUAUCCUUGUCCUGCUGUAUGUACAGUCUAUGGAGAUCGGCAUUAUUAUACCUUUGAUGGACUAGAAUAUGAUUAUGUCAGUGACUGCCAGAUUUAUUUGAUAAAGAGUGUUGACAGUUCAAACUUGUCUCUAAUUGUCCAGAAUAAGAAGUGCUUCGAUAAUGACAUUGUUUGUUCAAAAGAUGUGUUGCUAACUAUUGGAGACUCUGAAAUUUUUUUCAGUGAAUCCUUAGACAUACAGAGGAUGCUAAGGAGACAUGGAGACAACUCCAAGUAUGAAGUUUGGAAAGCUGGAUAUUACAUAGCAAUACAUUUUCCAGAGCAGGAUUUCACAGUACUGUGGGACAGAAAGACAACAAUGCAUAUCAAAGUUGGAGCUCGAUGGAAGGGUAAAUUAGCAGGUUUAUGUGGAAAUUUUGACAAAUUUACUUCAAAUGAUCUGACUACAUCCAACAACAUGGAAGUAAAAAAUGCUCAAAUUUUUGGAGGGAGUUGGGUAAUAGGACAGUGUGCAAGCCCAAAUGAGACCAUCAAACCAUGUGAAGUUCAUCAGAACAAGUUCCCCUAUGCCAAAAAAGAAUGUUCAGUCUUAUACAGUGAUGUUUUUGCCUCUUGCCGUAAUGUGAUUGAUGUCACAUCAUUUGUAAAAAACUGCCAUACAGAUACAUGCAACUGUAAUCUUGGAGGCGACUGUGAAUGUCUGUGUACUAGCAUUGCAGCUUACGCUCACAAAUGUUGCCAGCAGGGCGCAGUAAUUCACUGGCGAUCUCCUUCUCUCUGUUCUUAUGAUUGUGAUUAUUACAACCAAGAACUUGGGGAAGGACCUUAUAUUUUGGGCAAUUAUGGCCAGAAUGAUACUGUUAUAGGAAUCAACAUCAAUAGCAAAAGGAUCUUUCCUUUAUCUAGAAACAAUCUCCAAGGAAAUGUAUAUUAUAAUUUUAUGCUAACACCUGGACUUUACAAAGAUAAAACUUCAUCUUCAUCUCUGAUUUCACUUGAAUGUGCAGAAAGGCCAAAUUACUUUCUUUAUGUCCACAAUGACAACAGCAUUGUCUUAGCACAGUGGGAUGCAAGUCUGUCAUUUCGUAGAAGAGCAACUUUUAUCCAUCACCAAGGACUUUGGAUUUCUGGUUAUAGUGCAUUUGAACUGCACAGCAAAAAAGGUUUCUUCAUUACACUAAGUACUUCAGCAGUGAAAAUAUCAAAGUUUGAUGAUUCUGAAGAAUUCAAAGGCUUAAGUAGUUUCAGUAUUGAGGAACUCCAUGCAGCAAUACCUUACAGGAGGAUGUGUGAAUGGAGAUAUGAACCUUGUGCAAGUCCUUGUGUUAAAACAUGCAAUGAUCUUGAAGGCACAGCAUGCAAAUUUCUUCCUCCAGUUGAAGGAUGUUUACCAUACUGUCCAAAAGAUAUGAUCCUAGAUGAAGUCACACUUAAAUGUGUUUAUCCAGAAGAUUGCAUCCCUGUGAAACCGACAGAACCUUCAUUUGGAACCAAACCAUUUAGAACAAGCUCUACAGUGCUAAGUUCCCAGAUAAAGAAUACAUCAGAAACAUUUUCUCAAAUGCCUCCUAUAUUGGUUAUUGAAGAGACUGAGACAACAUAUAUUAACUUAGACACCAGAAUGACCACUGAACAAACAGCAGCCAAAGAUGCUUAUUCAGCAAUGGUAUCUCAUUCAAGCAUGCAUUUACCUGAUUUGUCCCCAGGUUCAGAACUCUUUUCUGAAGACAGUUACAACACAACCACCACCCCUGUGCUGCUUAGAUCUUUAUCACCAACAGUUUUCCCAAUUACUUAUGAAGCUCCAGUGGUUAGUGUAAAAACAAUAUCCUAUAGUAAAACUCCUGUUUUCUUUUCAUCACCUACCCCUACAACUACUGCUAUACCAUCAGUGACUGCUUUUCCUUUGAUAACUAAGACAACUACACCACUAGAGGUGUCAGCUCCUUCUACAGUGGUAGCUAGAACUCUUCCAACUUCCACAAUACUGACAGAUUCACUCUUAGCAAAAACAUUCGCUGUAACUCCAGGAACUGGUUCUUAUCAGUGUAUACUUACAACAACUAUGCCUCCAAUUCCUGUAUUUACUUCUAGAUUUACUUCAUUUGCCUCAAGUCCACUUUAUAGUAUUUCAGUUUUAGACUCAGUGACCAUUCAACCAGAUUUGAAAUUGAUAAAUAAAACUUUAAUGCCCACAUCUGUAUCAUCACAGAAAGCACUUCUGACACCUUCUGAACAUAUUGCUUCCUUAACCACAAAACAUUUUUCUACCAUUGCUGAUAUAGUUAGUAAAACAACAACUUCAGUUGCAACAUUAAGUCCUAUAACCAUAAAAUCUUCCUUUAGUCCCCAAAUAACACACACUUCAUCAACAUUAAUACCUCCUCCAAUUACAUCUCAAAGGCCCAAAGGAACUGGGGAAGUGACACUUAUUUCGAAGAGCUUUCAUUUGAGGCCUUCCACAGUUUCUCUUCUAGCAGUUCCCCAGAUUUCCAAAUCAUCUGAGGCAAGUACACUUUCAUCAGAAAGUAAGCACAUAUUGCAUGCAGAUUCAUCUCCAAUUCCAACUGAUUUUAUAAGUUUGUCACAGUCUGCUGGUAGCAGAGUGCCAACUGGCAUUCCAGUAUUGCCAAUUAAGAUUUCACAGGAUGAAGCACAAAUAACUUAUGAACCAUUUGGUUCAUAUCCGGAAUCAAAAAUGCCAUCAACAGUUAAAAGUGUUGAUACUUUUACUACUUCAGCUCAAUUUCCAGAAACCUCUCUUAAAAUGUUGACAACAGGCACUUCUACUCCUCAGAUUUCUGUUACAGCAUCACAUUCUGAAAGUUUAUCAGCAGUUCCCACUACUUCUGCUGUGGUACCAACUAGUACUGAUAUACAAAUGCCUGUUAUAUCACUAGGUGAUCACUUGACCUCAACAAGUUCAAUUUCCUAUCCUUCAGCUAUUCCUUUGGUAACUUUAACUACAAAUAUUUCCACUAUACAUACUACUUCUUCAGUUCCUUUGACUGCUUUUGAUAAAUCAGCCAUGUCUUUGAGAACAAAAAGGCCUUCUUUGACUUCUUCAGUGGAUAGCAGAACUUUAUCUUCAUUAACAAGUGCAUUCAUCUUUCAGUCUGCAGAACCAAUAAUGGAACCAUCUUUGACUUUGGGCAUACCUUGGAAUACUACAUCAACCUCACAAGGUAUUACUGAAAAGUACUCCAUCAGCUCCUCAGAAAGUUUGGUAGUUUCUUCUGCUGGCACAAUCACUCCUCACAAAACUGCUGAAGUUACUGAAUUCUCUCCUAUAAGUUUUGAUUUUCACACAACUACUACUUCAGUCCCUGUUUCUGCUGUCUCCCAAGCACCCAUGUAUAUUCCAAAUAUUACUCUCUUUACAGCUAAACCUUGCAAAGAAGUUCAACUAACUAUGCCCUUAGAAAUGGAUAAAGUUCCUAUUUCAGGUUGGGUAGAAACAGGAAUAACCCAGGCUUCCAAAUUUCAAAAUACAACAAGCACUUUGUAUGCCUUGGAAAGUAAUAAAACCUCAGAAGAAAACAUCACAAAGUAUGUAAGGACUGAAAAACCAUCUCUACUACCUGUUCAGACGACUGUGUCUGUUAGUGAAGGCCACAGAGCUUCAGUAAAACCAGCUUCUCUCUCUGAGGUGACAGAUAUAACAUUAUUUGAUUGGUCUAGGAUUCCGCCAACAAAAUCAAUUACACCUUACUACAGUGUGACUAAACCAGAGGAAGUAAGUAUCAUCAGCUCACAGAAUUUCACGAUAACAGAUUCACCUCAUGUCACUGCAAAAGUUUUGGAAACCACAGAGGCUGAGGUUGAAAUGAUGACAGCAAAGAGUGAAGAACAUGCUUCAUUUGGCACAAUAAUAUAUACACUUAUACCUGUGACAUCCUCAGAAUGCACGCCAAGAUACCUUGAUCCUAUAGACAAAUGUAGCCAGUAUGUGUGCAUUAACAUGGAAUGGAUGCUAUACAAUCUUUCAAGGAACUGCCAUAAGAAUGUGGAGAAACCUGACUGUGGUUUUCGAGGGAUGCCAGUUCAGAUCAACAGCGACAGCUGCUGUCCUGAAUGGGAAUGUCCUUGUCAGUGUUCUAUCCUCUCGGAACUAAGCAUCAUUACAUUUGAUGGAAAUAAUGUAGCACUAUAUAAAGUAGCAUCCUAUGUUUUAGUCAACUUACCCACAGAAAUUAUUGUGGCUCAUAUUGAAAAAUGCCCCUCUAAUCAGAGUGCAAAUUCGAUCAGAAAACUAGUCCCAGCAGGAAGUGCUUCAGGUCUUUGCUUUAAGAAACUUAAUGUAACAAUACCACCUCAUGGAGUACUUAUUAACCGCUUAGCAAGAAAGGUAAUUGUGAAUUCUGUGAUCCAAUCUUUGCCUUUCUUGAAAGAUGGCAUAUGUAUUCAGGAUACUGGAGCAAUGUAUGUAAUCAAUACACCAGCUGGAAUCAACAUUAAAUGGGCUCAUGUUACAGGCAUUAUGGACAUCCAAUAUGGCUUUAACUCUAAUGUAUCUACAAAGACAGAAGGGCUUUGUGGUGUCUGCAAUGGUGAUCCAGCUGAUGACUUGAAAAUGCAAAAUAGAACAAUAAUUACAAAUAUGGAAGAAGUUGAGAUUUUUAUUAAAAGCUGGGAAAUUGAGAAAUCUUUUGAUGUAACAACAAGAAGACCCAUUAGAAAUUGUACAGAAGAUAAUUGUACAUAUUGUAUGGAACUCUUACAGAAGUGGGUUUUUGCCCCUUGUCACAAAAAAGUUUCACCACAAGAUUUUUGUGAGAAAAUGUGGGUCAACAAUACCUAUUUUGGGAAUUAUGAAUGUGAUGCUCUUUCUGCAUAUGUAGCACUAUGCAACAAGCAUAAUAUCUGCAUUAAGUGGAGGACACCAGAUUACUGCUUGCUUGCUUGCCCUGAUGGGAAGGAGUAUCAACCUUGUGUGCAACCCUGUGCUGCCAAAACAUGCCUAAAUAAAUGGUUUUAUGAAAACUCAUCAUGUUCAUAUUUAAGAGAAGACUGUGUUUGCAGAAAGGGGACCAUUCUUCAUAAAACAGACUCUGACCUUUGCAUUCCAGAAGAAAAAUGUGCCUGUACUGAUAAUGAAGGGCAUCCCCACUCUGUUGGGGAGGUUUGGAUUGGCCCCAAUAAAGGAUGCUGCAUGUAUAAGUGCUUGGAGAAUGGGAGCAUUAUUGAUAUAAAGCCUGAAUGUGACAAACAGCUGCCUCCAAUGUGUGAGCGAGAGGCUGAAAUGAUUGUCAGUGUAAUUGAAGAACAAACUUGCUGUCCAAAACAAGUCUGUGAAUGCAAUAUGAUUCUAUGUAACCCUAUUAUCCCAGUAUGUAGAAGUACUGAGAAGCUGGCAGUUAGAUAUACUCCUUUCUCCUGCUGUCCUCAAUACCAAUGUGAAUGUGAUACAUCUUCAUGCUCCAAUGUUACCCGUCCAGAAUGCCGAGAAGAUCAGUUUAUUGUGGAAGCUAAAUUGGAAGAUACUUGCUGUUUAUCCUAUUUGUGCGUUUGUGAAUCUUGCAUUGAACCUAUUCCAGUAUGCAAUGAAGAAGAACUUCUUACAGUAGAUCUUAGUACUGCGCAUUACUGUUGUCCUCGUUAUCACUGUGUAUGUGAAGAGAAUCUCUGUCCUUCACCUCUUCUGAAUUGCUCUGCUGAUAUGAAACUGGUGAAAAAAAGAGUACCUGGACAGUGUUGCCCAGACUGGAAUUGUGAAUGUGAUUGUGAUAAUGGUACUGUACCACACUGUAAAUUGGGUGAAGUUCAGGAAAUAACUGCUAAUACUUCUAGUAUAUGUGGAUGCCCACAAUACAUCUGUGAAAAAGAAAGUGUCUGUGUAUUCCAAGAAGUCACUGUACUGAACCCAGGUCAGACAGUGAUUCAAUAUUUGGAUGGAGAACUGUGUUACACUGCAAAGUGUUUACAAGAAAGAGACCCUAACACAGGAUUUAACACUAUGAAUCUGGCAGUAGUUAACUGUUCCCAAAAAUGUGAAGCACACCAAGUACACAAUCCAUCUGAUGGUCAACAUUCUUGCUGUGGUCCUUGCAUAAAUGUCUCAUGUCCUUUUUAUACUGACAAUGGAACUCUUGUGAUUUAUGAAGAAGGAAGCACAUGGGACUCAAACUGCACUAAAUAUAAAUGUGCAAAGAUUGGUGCGGGGACAGUGGUACUUGGCUCCAGUGUGUUUUGCCCAUCCUUUAAUGAGACUGAAUGUGUAAAGAAUGGAGGCUCUGUACAGACCUAUCACAAUGGCUGCUGCAAGACCUGUAAAAGAGAUGAAAGGAUUUGCCAGAAAAUAAUGGUCAGAACUACUGUAACAAAACAUGACUGCGUAAGCCAAAGUCCUAUAAAUGUGGCUUCGUGUGAUGGAAAAUGCCCCUCUGCUACAAUUUUUAAUGUCAACAUUGAUAGCCAUUUAAGGUUCUGCAAAUGCUGCCGUGAAAAUGGAGUUCAGAAUCGAACGGUGCCACUUUACUGCUCUGGAAAUGGCACUGAAAUUCUGUAUGCCAUCCAGGAACCUACGGACUGUUCAUGCCAGUGGAAUUAAGAAUUUCGCGAUUACAUGCAAACUAGGAUUAUGUUUUUUCUUAUGUUCAGGCUUAAUAUAUAUUUUCUCAUUUUUAAGAUGCAUAUGUAAAAAGGGAGUAUAUUCAUUUUUAACAUAUAUGGAACACUUAGUUACAGUAAUGUACUUCUAUUCAGACGUGUGAAGUAUUUUAUGUAAUUAACCAAUCUUAAUUACAUAGCAUGUACCUUGUUCCGGAGUUAUAUCAAAACGUUGCAGUUCAUUAGCACUUCUAUUGGCAUCACACACUGUUGCUUAAAAGUAAUCUUACCCUGCACUGUAAUAUUUGUAAUAUUUAUAUUUUGAAAUCUAUAAAAGGCUAGUAUUUCUUAUUUUUCUGGUUUUAACCUUCUUUUCCAGUACACUUUUUAUUACUAUGACUGCAUGUAGUAAAUUCUUAUAAACCAUUUUUGAUAUUAUUUUAUAUUUACAAGAACUUAUAUGAAAGUAAAUGAUAGUUUGUAUACUUUGCUUGGGUUAAAAUAUAAUCCAAAAUACUAUGUGUACUCCUAAAGAGGAAAAUACAUAUUUACUUUGGGCAAAUGGAGAGGCUGUCUUUAUUAUUUUAAUUUCAGGAUAUUGAAAUUA